AGUGUAUGAUUAAGACCUUAUGGCAGCUGACUAUUUUUAGAACAAAAUAUCAGAAAAAUCCGAACACAUUUGGAAGUAUAUAACGUUCUAGAAACCUUUCAUUUGUUGAAUGAGAGUGAUUAGCAAUUUAAUUCUGAUAAGCAACGGUCCAAUUCAUUAUUUUAACGUUGAAAGAAUUUUGUUUCAAGUGGAAAGUGAAAACGAAACCAUUAUAUAUAUAUAGAUACAUAGCUCGAUCGGCGGCUUUUGCUGUUUUCAGAGCGUUGAGUAGCCAGUAAUGGUCGAAUGUUAAGACGUAGAUCAUAAUUAUAUACUGCCUGACUCAAAAAAACAAACAAACAAACGAUGUAAUCUUGGUGUAUUGUAUCCUACACAAAUAGAUCGCUAAUAACGACAUUGUACCUCUUUCCUGUUUCGCUUUAAUUUCUUCCAUUGUUUAUUAAGCCGGAAACCUGUUAGUACAUGUUUGGCAAAAUAGGACCUAACAAAUAGUUCUGCAGAUUACCUCGUUUGUCAUGAAAUAGACGCUUCGAUCGAACAAGUCUUGACGCGAUCUUUCACGUGUUACUCUUGACAUUGAGUGGCAACAAGUGAUUCGUCGAGAUCUCACUGCUCUUUAUAACAUGUUGUUUGAUUGGAUAGCCUCGAAACCGUUGCUACGCAACAGGCGUCUGUUCUAAUAAUAGCAGUAACACAUGGCAGGGAAGUGAAAGAAACGUAGACAGCGCUCUAGUUCCGGCCAACCAUAAGAAACAACGAAGAUGUGCAUAGAGUAUCAGAACUAGAAAUAGAUAAUUAUUUUUUAUUCGCAUUGAAAGGGAUAGGCAGUUUGCAGCAUUCUCCAGACAGCGGGUUCAUUCCAGUGGCAAGUGCGAUGCGGCCACGGACACGAAGCAGUGUCACCAUAUGGCAUCUUCCUGAUGAGCUUUUGGUGCAUAUUUUAAAGGGCAUGCACAUACGAGAUCUGCUGACACUUAAGCAGACUCAUCCACGAUUCCAACAAAUAGUUGAUUCAAACCAGUAUUUGUGGACAUUUGCAAGUUUCUUUGACUCAUGGCCUUCACUAGCCAACCUUGCUCACUAUAACAGUGCUGCAAAACAUGGAAAUUUAGAAGCACUGAUAAAACUUGGAGUAGCUUAUCUCUACAAUGAAGGAUUGUCCAGCACUCUGGAGGAAGAUAAGGAUAUUGCAGUGAGUGGACGUUUGGCUGCAGAAUAUUUUUGCAAAGUUGAAGAGAUCUCUGGUUCAAUAGCACCUUUUACCUGGCUCUUCAUUCGACCCCCUUGGUCUGCUAGUGGGGCCUGCUGCAAAGCUUGUGUGUUUGAGACCAUGAAAACUCAUGCAGAUAAGAAUCCAAGCAGAGAUAUUGCAGUGUGUGUUGCACAAACAUUAUCACUUCUUGGUCAAGAGAAUGAGGCAUGUGGUUAUCUCGAAAAAGCCAUUGAACGCGGCUCUGACAAAGCAAUGUUCUUGCAGUGGCUUCGAAAGCAUCCAACAUCGGAGUUUGAAAAGGCAAAAGAGGUGGAGGCAAUCAGACAACUUCGAAGUAUAGCAAACGCAGGAAAUUUAGAAGCUCGCAUGAUACUGUGCCAUUGCUACAGCCUUAGGCAGUUUGGAGGAAUAGCACAAACACAAGCCUUUUCAUUUUCUCAGGAAGUUUUUCAGUCAUCCUCUCCACUUGGAUUUCUUCAUAUUUUUUCUGGUAUUCGUGAUCUUACACCAUCUAUGAGAUAUAUCCUGGUUGAUUGGCUUGUGGAGGUUGCCUGCAUGAAGAAUUUUUCAACUCUCACCCUGCACAAUGCAGUUUCAAUAGUUGACCACUUCCUGGCUGUGCGAGAUGUACCUCGGUCUAAACUCCAGCUGCUGGGAGUUUCAGCAAUGGUAAUUUCUUCCAGGUAUCUUGGCACAGAUAUUGUUACCAUCCGUGAAGCAGCUUGGUUGACAGAUAACACUUACAAGUAUGAGGAUGUUGUCAGGAUGAUGGGCGAAAUUAUCGCAACUCUUGGUGGUAAAGUGAGAUUUCCCACAAGCUCCGAUUUUGUGCGAGUGCUGGCCCCCUUGGCACAGCUGGAAGAGAGAGGAGUGUGCCUUAUAGAGUAUGUGUGUGAAUUAAGCAUUCUUCAGGCUGAGAUGGCUCAGUAUAGUCCUGCAGAGAUUGCAGCAAGCUGUGUCCUUCUUUCCCGACUGCUUCUUAAAGCAGGUUGUCCUUGGACAAGUGUGCUAGAAGAAUUCACUGGCUUUUCAUCAGAAGAUCUAAGCCGAUGUACUUUUCAUAUGCACGAAAAAUGUUUUCUUGAGGGUUCUGUUGUCGAUCACAGAUCUGUUACACUUAGAGCUGUCAAACAGCGUUAUAGUGAUGAUCGCUUCCAUAGAGUAGCAGAAAUUGAGAUUAUAAGUUAUGAAGAGCUGUGUACCAUGUUGGGAGUAACAGAUCAUAUAUUGCAAGGAGCAGACAUCAAGCUUAAGUUUCGCAACACAGAUGAACUUAUAGUUUCACCUUCUCGUGGUCGAAGUCGGCGGUACAGGCGAACUGUCCAAGCACUGAAACGAGAAGAAGCUUCUACUCCGCCCCUUGAAUUGUCAGGGUAUGAAGGAGACCACGAAGAUGAAAGUGGAGUUUCAUUUGACCACAGUGACUCUUGUAGCAUUAAAAGUGAGGAUGUUGAUUCAGAAGUGAGAAUGGAUGCAGACACAGACACACCGCUUAUGUGUCUGUCUGCGUCAUGUCUGGGAGGACCUCAUCCAGGGGCUGGUGGAAUUCAUAUAUCUUUCACAUCUCCACCUAUAGUGCCAGCAUCAAAUUGCUCCUGCAGUGUCUCAAGCUUCUCAUCUGGUGUGUGUUCGUUGAAUUCACCUAGCAGCUCAAGUCCUGAGAGACGGGUCAAGUACUUUAGGAGCAGUACAUGUGAUAAAAGCAGUGUGAACUUUUUUCUUGAGGAUUCCAGCCCCAGUGAGGAAGACAGUGGUGCUGGUGUAGUUAAUGAGGAGAUAAAAAUUGGCAGGAAGACUCCUAGAACUCCAACAAAAAUGACAUCUCCUAAUGCCCUGCGCAGAAAAAGUCGAAAAAGAAAUCUGUCUCAAAGUAUAUCAUGAAAGCAUUGUUUUAACUGUUUGCUUGUUUAAAGGAGUGAGGUUGGAUUAAAGGAUGUGUGAUAGUACAUGAGUAUAGGCCAUCGGAUCUCCAUUUAUACUUUUUUUCCUGAACAGAAACUUAUGUUGAAAGUAGAUUGACUCUCAUCUAGUUUGAAGAUGGAAAUCAACUAGCAAUGAUAGAUUUCCUACAUAUGACAUAGUUUUAUAAUUGUAAAAUUCAACCCUUGAUAUUUUGAAGGAAUUUGUGUAAACGCAAGUAUUAUAAAUGAUGUAAACAUGAAUCUUAACAGAUUUUUGUCCCUUCCAGUCAUUCCCACCCACCCUCCCUAAGAGAAGUAGUUUACAAUCAGUGAUUGAGAGUGUGAAUCUUGGCUGGAACUUCCAAUGAUUAUCAAUGCAAGCUUGAUGGGUCCAAAGUUUUCCCUCCAAACUGCUGCAUAAUUGUAUUUUUGAAAGAAGACAUUUAUUUAUUUUAUACUUUUUAUUUUUUGUUUUUAUUUUUACCUUAAAAUUAUGAUAUUACUAGCAGAUAAGGACUGUUGCAACUUGGUGACUGCUAAGGUGUAUGAUUGGUACAACUAUUUUGUGGAAUCAAAGGCCAUUGCAAGGCCAGACCCAACCUUUUUGCAUGGAUCUGCACCAGUCAGAUCUUCAGGUUUUGAUUCAGGGAGUCACAUCAACUGUGAUCCUCCAGUAAAAACUUUUUUUUGGCCAAGCUUGGGAAAUCAGAUUAGAAUUUCCAUUUCUGCCUAUCAAAUCAUGGUUACCACAUUGAACUGCUCAGAAAUCUGUUCAAGUUGUAUAUGUAUUUGAUUGUGCUGUGUUGUGUUUAACUUCAUUUGAGGAUUUUGGAGCUGUAGUAAUUGCGUAGUCAUUGUAUUUAACUUCUAUUAGGUAAUAAUUGUUUUUGUAUGCAUGUAGGAUUUACCAGAGUGGUUUUGUUCAUUACAAGACAUCAAAAAUAUGAGCAGGUGAACUAUAUUUUUGUUGUUAAAUUUGUGUCACUAUAGAAGAGUGCUUGGUAUAGAAAUGCCAGAUUAAACUCAUCUCCCAGCUGUGUCUUGAUGACAAAUAUUAUAUAGAUUGUGCAGCAUGGUGACAGCAGCAUAUCAAGAUGGGAUAAUAUAGUGUAAUUUGAUUUAAAAAAAAGAAAAUCACAUUUUUGAGAUUGAUAUACAUAAAUUUUAAUUCUGAAAUACUUCUUCUGCUGUUCCUUCCUUGGUUUAACUCAAAAUGCUGAAAAAAAGUUUUAUUAUUAGAUAAUGUUGCUAAGUGAACUACUUCUGAAGAUCAUUAAAAAUAUUUUUAUGAAAUGGGUAAAUCUAAAUAAAAAGGCAUGUAUCCUUACAUUUGAAACUGCCAAACUUUGCCUAUCCAAAGAACACAAAGUUGACUAUACUGGGCAGUUGCAUUUUUAGAUUUUCUGCUUUUUUUUUAACGCUUUCUUCUUUUCUAUUUUGCCUCUUUCUCAGUUUUACCUUUUGCUAUUUUCCAGCUUUAAUAACACUGUAAUUGAUAACAAAAGAGCUAAGAAAAUUUAAAGCUGUUUGUUUAUACGUUGUUCUUUAAAAUUACACAGCAACAUAAACCAGGCUUCUUAGACACUGAAUUAUAAUGUUUCAGUUGUAAUUUUUUCAGUUUUGUUAUGUCAAAAAAAGUGGACAAUUCACAAAAUAGUUGUGAAAGAAAUCGCAUUCCACAGCAGGAGAACAGGCAUUGUAUGCAAUAACGUGUACUAUGCAGCAUGGUUAUGAUGUUAUUUAAUUUAGACAUUUUUUGCUUAGUAGCAGUUUUAAAUUAUUUCCUUGGCAACAAUGGUUACUGUCGCAAGAAACUAUUCUUUUCCUCUUCUUAACAUACCUGAUUGAUAGAUACACAAUAGGACAGUUGACAAGUGACCUAGUAAUAUCAUCUCUCUCAUUUCACAUCCUAUGUCCAUCUGCUGAAAGUGACCUGGUUUCGUUUUUUUUACAUUAUUGGCAAGUGUUUGUAGUUCUAAUUAUUGGGUUUGUGAACAAUGAUUUGAGUGUAUGAGCUUGUGGAUAUAUGGAUGUAUCUGUAACUAUAAUUUGUAUUUUUACCCAUCUGUGUGAAGGUAUCAUUUCAAAUUUGGAUCUUUUCUUUGAAAGAUACUUAUUUGAAAUUCCACUAUGGCAUUCAGUUUAUAGUUAAAUGUUUUAAGAUGUAGAUGCUUGUUGCAGGCAGUAAAUGUACUUGAGCAGGAAUGUUUUCAGCAGCCUUAUUUAUUCCCACUGUUAUGUCUGCUGUAAACUUCCAAUCUUCCCAUACACUUUUAUGAUCUGACCUGCUCAUCAAAUAAACUUCUCAGUAGAUGUAUGCCAGGCAUUCCAGUAUUAUUUUGCUUACAAGACCCUGUGGUCUCAGCUUGCAACUGUUUAUCAUAUUCAGCUCAAGUAUCUCUGAGAACCAGAGAUAUAUGCCCAUAAAGAAUUAUAAUGGUGUUAAAAUGGCAGCAUUUGAAACUUAAAUCUCUUUUUGUAACUGAAUGCUGAUUUUCCAUGCCUUUCAUAAAUUGAGGUAUGUGAAGUAUCUAUUCUACACUAAUGUUUCUGGAGCUUUAUAGAAUUUGGUUACCACAGGCAACAGUGUCCAGACUUAUUCCCGUUGUAUUAGCAAAUUUCUCACAACAUUGUCUGCAUAAAGCAUAUUGGCGUACUCUGUGACCUCAAAGGGGAAUGUUAUAUGUUGACUUUAAUGCCAAAAUAUCAUUUUGGCUCAUGUUUUAGUUGGAAUAUUGGUUAUGUAUAUUGAGUCACUUGAAGAUAUGUAUGUUAUAAACCUGAAAUCUGAAGCAGGAAUACAUGUUACAAAGAUGGUAAAUAUUCAUUCUGUUAAUAGUGGGUUGGUUUGUUUAGUUUUUUUAAUAAAAGAGGUUUUGUAGGACUUUACAUAGAAAUUUGUGCAAAAGUAAUAAUGAGAUAAAAAAAAGGUAAGAUAGGGAUAAUGUGCAUUAUGUUUCAAGAAAAACUCAAAAGUUGAAAAUGAAAUGAAUUUUCUAGAAGGAAUGUUUUCUUUCCAGGUUAUUGUAAACAAAGGGUCACUAUUUUGAAUAUCCCCUCUCCACCUCCCCUCCCACCUCUCCUUUAUCCCCCAGCUAACAUCUUAUUUUAUUUUAGAGACCGUUUGUUAAAAUUAGUAAAGCCUUGAGAGUACUAUUUCACAUGGUCAAAGGCUGGUAAUCAAAAUGUGGGACUUUUACAACUGUGAUGUAUGUGAAAAAUAUGAAGAAUUAAGGAUACUACAACCUUGGCCAUUUUCAUUAACUUGGUGUGAAUUUGUAUAUAAUUUGCCUGUUAACAAGUCACAAAAAAAUGGGGCAAUAAGGAGAACGCAUAAGUGUAGGCAGAUAGUUUAGUUGCUCAUGAUAUGCUUAUUUAAUUGUGAGAAUUCAUUACUGUUGAUGUUUUAGAAACUCAUAAGGAAAUGCUAAAUCUAGCUCAACAGUAAAUAUCGUUAUAUUGUUUAGAAGUUUUCCAUGUAUAUUGUAAUUUUACAAAAUAAAAAGUACAAAAAGUUUAUAUAAAUAUAUCAAAAGGCUUAAGCUUGCAAGGCCAGUCAUUAUACAAUUUCUGCUAAGAAAUGCUUUUUCUCCUACCAGAUGCUUUAUGUGUAUGUCAGCUUUUGUUUCAAGAAUUGUCACCAAGCAUCAUGUGAUAAAGAACUUUUUAGCUCUGACUUUGCUACCAGUCGUGAUAAAAAAAGAGGAAAACUGACACAUCUCCCGUCAUCUCGUCACUUUGCUUUAUGUGACCACAGGUGUGGUCUGAUUUUGGGGGCUUUUGAGAGACUGGAAUUGUACUGAUGAAUAUCUGUGAGUAAAGGCCUCAUGUAAAUAUGAUGCUUUUUUAAAAUUUUGCUGCAUCACCAGUCUUCCAUCUUACCUCAUUGUCAGCGUGUUCCUUCUCUGUAAGUAGGAGAGCACAUUAUCACCAAAGACAAGAUAUUCCCAAUCUAAACUUUUUUGGGGAAGAGGAAAAUUUAGACUCUUUAUCUCUUCAUGUUUAUUUCUUUAAUAUCCUGCAGAACUUGCUGAAAAAUUGAAUGUGGCAAGUGUAAGUGUUCAAAUUGUUGGCUUGGAGCUAUUAAAUUAUAUCUGAAAAAAAGCUUAAAGAGCUACAUAAAUGUUUACUUUGAAAUGAUUCAGUCAGUACUGUUUGUCUCAUGACUUUCACACAACAAACCUCAUGAGCAUACAAGCUCAAGUCUCCUGUGAUACAAAGUAACACCUGAAACUGUUUCAUGUUUCAUAAUCAUACAUCAGUGUUGUCACCAGUUGUUCAUGAAUGUAAUUCUUGACAGUCAUCAGCAGAUUUGCUACAUCUGGAGAUUAGACCUAUAUGAUCAUGAACAUUUAAAAGAAAAAAAAAAGAAUCCACUGCCUAAUGUGAAGUCAUCAACAGUGUCUUGCAUUUUAAUGUAUGUAACAAGCAACAGGUAAUGGUAAUGAAGUGUGGAAGGAUAUGGAAGUCAGGAGAUUUAUUUUUUCAAAUGUCAUCAAAUUGUGAAUAAACUGCACAUGAUACAGUGCUUUUGUUGGAGGUAGCUACAAAUGACUGCCUUCUAGAUCUGUCUGGGAGAUGUGCAAACAUUCACAAAUUUUUGUGUAUUAAAAUA